AUGGCGAAGAGCGAGGUAGCGCCUCGACGGUCGAGUCGAAACCGCGGCGGUCGUGGCCGCGGCAACAACAACAACAACAAUAGCAACAAUUCAGCUCCUGCAAAGAAGGGCGGCCGAGGUGGAGGCGGCGGCGGCGGCGGCGGAAGCAACAAGAAAGCUGCACCGGCCAAAGCUGCAGCUGGCAAAACCGGCAAGAACACUGGAGGUCGAGGCGGCGGCGGCCGAGGAGGUGGCGGCCGAGGUGGUGGUGGCCGAGGAGGACGAGGAGGCCGCGGCAACAAUAGCGACCGCAAAGGUGGAAGAGGUGGCCGAGGCAACGCCAAAGACAAAGGCGCAGCUAAAAAACCACAGCCUCCCAAAAAGGCAACCGAAGAAGAUCUCGACAAGGCCAUGGAUGAUUAUUGGAUGAAGAGCGGCAACAAGGAGGUCGCAUCCAAAAAGUUGGAUGAUGACAUGGACGACUAUUGGUCAAAGAAAAAGGAUUCCAAGGAAGAAGCUGAGGGGGAUGCUGACGCGGAAAAAGAGGGAGAAGCUGCCGCCGCGGACGAAGGCGAAAAAGCUGAAGAACCCGAAAAGGAAUCCUAG